CAACGAACCAAAAUAAAAACCAUUGCAAACAUUCAAUACUAUACACACAGAGAAACAAAGAGCAGUGAUUUUGGAAAGACGUUUUCUUAAUGUGGCGUAAACCGAAUGUUUUAAAUUAGUUUUACAUUUUGGCUCCGGUUGUGUGGAGAUAUUUUUCAAAAUAUUUAUUUCGAGUCAGUGAAAAAGAGUGAAGAAGAAGCAAGUCAGAAGACUGUGGAAAUUCAAUCGAGGUCGAUAAAGGAAUAUCCAGAGAAAUUACAUGAUGCUGACGAUAUACGAUGACACACUCCGUUCUAAGGAGUCAAUUGAUCCAGCCAUUCUCUUGAUAUCGAAUCGAACCAAGCGUCCGGUCGAUAUUCUAUGGAUAAACUAUGCAGCCAAAUUAAUUCGAUACAAAACACUUCGAUCGGGCGAUGAAUUCCAAAUGAACACAUUCAAAACGCAUCCAUGGAUAUUCCGUGAUUACUAUACCGGUUUGCUAAUGCAUGUGGAUCACAAAGAGGUAUUUUGGCCGGAAGCGUCCACCGAUAAACGGCCCAUUCAACAUGUUCGCAUCCAUUUUCCGGUGCAAAGUUUGAAAACCAUAUCGUUGUGGGCGUGCGUGCAAAAAGUUCGAAAUCACAAUGAAAUCACACAAAUGGAAAUACCACAAACUCUACGCAACGAUCUGCAAACGCUAUUCCGACAAUUUUACAAUCAUCAUGUAAUGCUGGCCCAGCAUGCCCAACGACGACAGCAGCAACACCGAAACCAAUGAAUGUGGUUAGAGUAUUUAAAGUAAAGAUAAAAAAAAAAACGAACAACAAAUUCUUUGCUCCACUUCUUUUAUUUCGGUUUAGUUUAAUCGAUGUAUAUGUAUAAAACAAAACAAAAUUGUGUAAAUUUUAAUAUUUUAUUUGUAUGGAUUUUUUUCCGUUCCUUCGACUGCCUUUUUGCAAACACCUAGAAUUAGAACAAAUAAAUAAAGUGAUUAUUUUAUUGCCAUGUGACAAAAGUGAACACAAAAUGAAA